AUGGACGGCAGUGACCGUCGGCGCACCCAGUAUGGACCACCAUACCAGUCACAAGCGCCAUCGCGCCAUCUACCAGGAGAAGCCAUGGGACCACCCUCUGGGGAUAGGUUUGCGCAGCCAGCAACGCCGGCGAGAACGGAUAUCGGCAGAUCUUCAAUGACGCGACCUUUUCUUUCCGGCUACACUGGCUACGGGUACCAAGACCCACAAUAUGGCAGCUCCCUGCAGAGCAGCAGCCCGAUGCAAGGGGUCGAGAUGCAAUACUCACCUGCGUACCUGUCGCAGGCCUCCAGACAGCAGCAGGUACAAGCCUCUCCCUCCCAGCAACAGCACCAGCCGUAUGCGCAGUACGCGGCUUCCUCUAUGCUUCCGCCAGUGGGAGCACAGGCGCUCUAUGAGAGCAUCCCUUUCCAGCAGCGACAGACUGCGAUCGAGGUAAUGACAAGUCAAUUCGCGAUGCCUCAAUAUAUGCAGCAGAGCGAACAUACAGGGGCAACCCUCGGAUCCGGUGCCGCUCAGUUCUUGACUUCUCAAGCUGAACAGAGCAGCUACAGUCAUGUAGCAGCAACUCGGCCACCUCUGCCUCAUCCUUAUGCUCCUGGGCAAGUCGACUUCCCGGUCAUGGAACAACAAGAGGCAGAAGCACCAGCUGUACUGAGCGGCGUUCAAGCAGCCCUAGGAGAGGGUCUGAGGGACUACCACCAGCAGCUCAGGGCCACUUUCGACGCGAUUGUUGCAGGCAGAGUAACAGCAGCCAGCGAGAAAUUGCUCGCUCUGACUCGGUGGCUAGUCAGCUCUGUUACUGCUUUGGGUCUGCACCACGACGACGAGGCGAGACAUACGGAGCGCGUCGAAUUCUGGCGGGAAUUGAACUUAUGCUGGGAGGCGCUCGGACAAAGGCAGAAAGAAAUCACAGAAGAAGCCCUGAGAACUAAGAGACCGCCUGUGGAUAUGCUCUCAGCCAACACCAUGACAAGUUUGAUGGACGACUUGGUGACUAUGUGCGAUCAAUUGGAACAAUACGGCCUCGUUGACUUCGAGAUGGGCAUCUGGGAGGAGCAAAUUGUGCAUAUCUUCUCAGUCUGCCUCAAUCUCCUGCCUCGCGGCGGACUCAAACGACGAGCCAGCGAGAGCCCGGGCUAG